GGCUAACAGAAGAUGGAGCCACUUUUUUCUUUUCUCGAUUCGCUUUUCCGUUUCCUUUAGAUUUCUGUUUCCGAGUUUUUCAAGUAUAAGUUGAGUUGUUGGUGUUUUUUAGUGAUAAGUUAAUUUAAUUUUAUAAGAAUGAGUCAUCGUAAAUUCUCAGCGCCUCGUCAUGGGCACAUGGGAUUCAAGAAAAAGCGAAGUCGUCGUCAUCGCGGUCGCAUUGGUGCCUUCCCCAAAGAUGACCCAUCGAAACCUAUUCAUCUUACAGCUUUCAUUGGGUACAAAGCUGGUAUGACCCACAUCGUCCGUGAAGUAGACAAACCUGGUUCAAAGGUUAAUAAAAAGGAAGUUGUUGAGGCUGUUACCAUUUUGGAGGCACCACCAAUGGUUAUUGUUGGUUUGGUGGGUUACAUUGAUACUCCACGUGGCCUCAGGACUUUCAAGACUAUCUUCUCUGAACAUUUAAGUGAAGAUUGUCGACGACGAUUCUACAAGAAUUGGCACAAGUGCAAGAAAAAGGCCUUCACUAAAUAUGCCAAGAAAUGGGCAGAUGAUGAUGGUAAGAAAGCUCUUGAAGAUUUUGCUCGUAUCAAAAAGUAUUGUAGUGUUAUCCGAGUUAUCGCUCACACUCAAAUGAAAUUGAUGAAGAAACGACAAAAGAAGGCUCACAUCAUGGAAAUUCAACUCAAUGGUGGUACCAUACCUGAAAAAGUUGAAUGGGCUAGACAACAUUUUGAAAAACCAAUUCCUAUUAGCCAAGUAUUUGCUCAAAGUGAAAUGCUUGAUAUUAUUGGUGUUACCAAGGGUAAAGGUUUUAAGGGUGUAACCAGUCGUUGGCACACAAAGAAACUUCCUCGAAAGACUCACAAAGGUCUUCGAAAGGUCGCUUGUAUUGGUGCUUGGCAUCCAAGUCGUGUCCAAUACACUGUUGCCCGUGCUGGUCAAAAGGGUUACCAUCAUAGAACUGAAAUGAACAAGAAGGUUUACAGAAUUGGAAAGGGUGUCCAUGUUAAAGAUGGUGAAACAAUCAAGAACAAUGCUGCUACUGAUUAUGACCAGACCAACAAAACUAUCACACCAAUGGGUGGAUUCCCUCAUUACGGUGAAGUUAAUUGUGACUACAUUAUGUUGAAAGGAUGUGUAAUGGGUCCUAAGAAACGAGUUAUUACUCUUAGAAAGUCUCUCCUGGUUCACACUAAACGAGCUGCUCUUGAGGAAAUCAAACUCAAGUUCAUCGAUACAUCAUCCAAAUUCGGACACGGAAGAUUCCAGACACAUGCCGAAAAGAAGGCCUUCAUGGGUCCUCUCAAGAAAGAUCGUUUACGGGAAGUCGAAGGAAAAUGAUCAACUAUAUAAGUUGGCUUAUUAGGGUUUUCAAUUCUAAAAUAAAAGAAUUUAAAUAUAA